GUUCAUGCAAAUCUGCGAACAUCCACCAGGGCGCAUCUGUGAGCUAUUACUCCCGAUUUAAAUGCCCUCACUCACGCCAACGUUUCAACCAUACGCGUAGAAACAGCUACCAGCGUUCUACACACCCGCUCGCCUGCUUCGGGGCCAAGAAAUAAGAGAGAGGCGGGAUAGACAUGCCAUCAAGGACAAAGGGGGAGCGGAUUCAGAAGACAGCAGGAUACCUUUCCACAUAUUUGGGAAAAUCAAUGGUAGUGAUUAGGAUAUUAGAGGGGUGUAGUCACAAAACCCCCUAUAUACUCACACAAAGAGCAGGGCCGGGUGAAAGUAAAUUAUAAUUUAAACAAAUUUAACGCGCAGCGUCAGCGCUGGUAUUUUAUGUAAGGGACUCGAAGGAACGCAGUAAAAGAGAACAUAGCUCAACCAACAAUAGCCAGAUUUUUGACUGAAACGCGAAUACCAGUGUGUAAGAGAAGCGGAUAAUAAUAGGGGGAUAGUUCAGGACGUGAUUUUCCAGGCUGUUCUGAUACUAAGCCAUGGUGUCUACAGUUCUUGCUGUGACACUAUCUGUCACCAUCCUCCACCUAGCUACAGGUGGGAGCUUUGUGACCCCUGACCAUGAGGCUACUCCCACAGCAAGUCCUGGUCCCCAUCCAUUGGGUGAGCUGAUCCAUGCAGCCCUUCUGAGUAAGGAGUACCUGGGCCAUGCCCCAAUUAAUACAGGAACAACAACCAAACCUAUUCAGGCUGUACCACAGCUUGGGCAGACUGAGCCUGCAGCCACUGUGAUGCUAACCACAGCCCUGACCUCAUCGCCCCCAGCCAGCCAAUCAGGAGCAGGGAAAACUGUAACAUCACCCACAGAGGAGGAGACGACAACCACUUUGAUCACCACCACAACCAUCACCACAGUGCAUAUGCCAGUGCAGUGCAAUGCCAGUCUCUCUGGGAUGGAGGGCAUUGUGGAGUCUCCAAAUCCUCUCUCCUCAUCCCCUUACUCUCCUCUGGAGUGCAUCUACAGCAUCACAGUGUAUCUGGGUUAUGGAGUGGAAAUUCAGGUGAAGAAAGUGAACCUAUCCAAGGACGAGUCCCUGACUAUCCUUGGCUAUGGAGGGACGGGACCAGAACUCUUAGCCAAUGAGACCCUGAUGCGUGAGGGUCAGGUGAUUCGAAGCUCAACCAAUCAGGUGCAGAUUUACUACCGCAGUCUCCGGCAGACUGAUCAUGGUGUGUUCAGCCUACACUAUCAAGCCUUCCUCCUCUCCUGCUUGUUCCCUCUUUCUCCUGAGGGAGGGGGUGUGACAGUAACGGACAUCCACCCCGGAGGCCAGGCCCACUUCCACUGUGACCCUGGCUUCCAGGUCAGGGGCCACGAGGUAGCCAACUGCUUGAACAUGACUCAACCCCAUUGGAGCUCUCCUGAACCUCAGUGUGUGGCUGUGUCAUGUGGAGGGUGGAUCCGAAAUGCGACCGUGGGUAGAAUCUUCUCGCCGCCUCCUCCAUCUACGAGUAACCAUAGCAACAGCAAUAAUCUGAGCUGCCAUUGGCUACUGGAGGCCAAGGAGGGACACAGGCUUCACCUCCACUUUGAGAGGGUUGCGCUGGACGAGGACAAUGAUAAGCUGAUUGUGCGAAGCGGAAACAACUCCAUGGCUCCGCUGCUCUUUGACUCAGACCUGGACGAUGUUCCAGAGCGUGGCAUCGUGAGUGAGGGCUCCAUACUCUACCUGGAGCUCACGGCCGACUCCUCUUUCAUCCCGUUACUGCUAGCUCUGCGCUAUGAAGCCUUUGACGGGGAACACUGUUAUGAGCCCUACUUGCCCCAUGGGAAUUUCAGCAGCAGUGACAUUACCUUUCCGUUGGGCACCACAGUCAUCUUCUCCUGCUCCCCAGGCUUUGUCAUGGAGCAGGGCUCCGGGGUCAUUGAGUGUGUGGACCCAAGCGAUCCACACUGGAAUGAGAGUGAGCCUGUGUGUAAAGCUUUGUGUGGGGGAGAGUUGACCGAUCCCUUCAGCACUGUUCUGUCCCCUGAUUGGCCACAGAGCUACUCCAAGGGGCAGGACUGUGUGUGGCAGAUCCAUGGUAAUGAGGAGAAGCGCAUCGAACUGGACAUCCAGAUUUUGAAUAUCCGCCACAACGACGUUCUCACCAUAUUCGAUGGUCGUGACCUCAUGUCCCAUGUGAUUGGCCAGUACAUGGGGUCACGAGAGCGUUUCCAGGUCGUGUCAGGUGGUUCUGAGGUCACUAUUCAGUUCCAGAGUGACCCUCACGACUCCUCCUUUAUUCUCAGCCAGGGGUUCCUUAUUCACUACCGUGAGGUAGAGCCUAAUGAUACCUGCCCUGCCCUCCCUCAAAUCGAAUUUGGCUGGAUUAGCUCCUCCCACACCUCUCCCGUGAGGGGAAGUGUGUUGACCUAUCAGUGCCAGCCGGGGUACGACAUCAGUGGCUCUGACAUCAUCACUUGCCAAUGGGAUCUUUCCUGGAGCAACAGCCCACCCACCUGCAUCAAAGUCCAGCAGUGUCCUGAUCCGGGGGAGGUGGUGAACGGAGCGCGUUCGGUACACCCAGAGUCUGGAUUCACUGUUGGAACAGUGGUGCGCUUCUCCUGUAACCAGGGUUACCAGCUGGAGGGCCCUGGCCAGAUCUCCUGCCAUGGACGGGAUACGGGCACCCCCAAGUGGAGUGACCGCAGCCCCAAAUGUGUCUUGAAGUAUGACCCAUGCCCAAACCCAGGUGUGCCAGACAAUGGUUACCAGACAUUGUACAAGCAUAGCUACCAGGCAGGAGAGACGCUACGUUUUUUCUGCUAUGAGGGCUAUGAACUCAUUGGGGAGGUUAUUAUCAACUGUGUCCCGGGCCACCCAUCUCAAUGGAACAGUCCACCACCCUUCUGCAAAGUGGCAUACGAGGAGCUGUUGGAUGAUCAUAAAAUAGUAUCCCAGUCAUUUGAGCCCUCCCACCAGAUGCUAAGUGAGAACAUUGCCUUGGCAAUCAUCCUGCCAAUCAUCCUGGUCAUCCUUCUGAUUGGUGGAAUCUACAUGUAUUACACAAAUGUAUGUAGACUGCAGUGGAAGCCACUUUUCUGGAAGUCUCUCUCUCACACCCACUCAUACAGCCCAAUUACUGUGGAGUCUGACUUCAACAACCCUCUAUAUGAGGCAGGGGACACACGGGAGUAUGAGGUGUCCAUUUGAAGAAGAAACGUCUUGAGAAGAAUUAAAACCCACAGAUAGAUAAAGAGAUCUGGAGGAAGAGGGACAACUUUCUUUUUCCUUCAGAUGACUUCUUUCACUCCCCUCAUCGCCCAUCCCGCUAUUUCCUCUUCCCUGCCUCUCUCUUUCAUUCUCUCUUUAUCUUUGAGUUUGUGUCUUUACACCUCACUUUUCUUUUGUGUCUCUCUCUAAUUUCCCAGUCGCUCUUUCUGUCAGUGAUUGUAGGUUUGCGUCUCCUUGGGCCAGAUUCAAUCCGACCGUGUUUUGGCCGCUAAGCACAUUUUAAAGGCAAUGUUCCAGCGCUAGUGGAGACGACAUUCACGGUAAAUGCUGCAUAUGUCGGUUCAAUUGGAAAUUACCUUUAGAUGUCAAUCGCACUUUAACGUGGAUUUUCCACGGCCCAGAUUGAAUCUAGGCCCUUGUCUUCAUCUGUUCAUAGUGUGCAGCGAUGACUGUCUCCCAGUGGUGUGCUGUUUUCCACAGUCCAACUUUCUGUCUAAAAUUAGGAUUGGUGCCUUACAGAGGUUAAGUGGUGGAUAAUAUGGAAGAGACAUAAAGAGGGAGGGCCAGAGAGGGAGAAAGAGGAAGAGCUGAGAUAUAUUUAUGAGGUAAAAAAAAGAAAAGGGAAAGACAGGAAAGCAGACACACUCUCUCAUGCUCAGUUGCACACAGUAUACACACACAGACACACCGAGAGAGAGCGAAAGAGAGAGAGCGAGAGAGAUGCAUACACACAUUGAAUGUAAAUAAUUGGUGGAAUAUUGAGGCUCAUAUAUACAGAAAAUUCAGUGGCAAAAUAUAACAUUGCAUAAUGUAAUGUAUCUUCAUGUUUCAACUUCCUUGCCAUAGUAAAAUGUAAAAUUACAAAGACAGCGUUUCAUAUUGUUCUUUGCCAUUUUUGAAGUGUAUUUCCACUUGAUGUUGAAUGACAUUGAGAGAAAGGUGAGGACUUGAAUGUUGUCACGCUUAUAGCACGCAAUGGUUGUAUAUUUUACCGCUUCUGCUGAAUCAUGUUAUGAUUAUCAACGAUUAUCAUUGUUAUCAGUGCAAAUUUGAAGUUGUUGUAUAUGCACAAUGUUGAAGAAAAUAAGCUAACUUGGCUGCUUGCUGUGAUGCAAUAUUUAACUGAUAUGCUUUUAGAAUUUCUUACCAGUUUAUUGUCUGAACAGUAAAUCUACUUUAAUUAAUUGUGCCAAUAUAGGGGUCCAGGGGACUCUUUUGCAUUGUAAAGGUAUUAUUUACAUUAUAUUUUGUCAUGAAGGCAUUAUUUAUUUGCUGAAAUUUAAGAUUAAAUCAAAGUCUGAAUGGUGAAAA